ACUAAAAAAUACAACAACAGGUAACAAGUAACAAUAACGGUGUGUUGUGUUUGAGAGAAAACAGCUCCGAACGCCGCUCGCUAGCUGUUUUCUCUUUCUUUCUGUCUCUCAAACUACAAAACCCCUUCUUAAUUCUCCUUCACAUACCAUUGUCAAAGCCUCAAAAGAUACCCAGGAAGAAGAAAACCCCAGUUUGUGGAAUUGGGGCAUGGAGAGCAGCAGUGGGAAAGAGAGCACGGGGCGUGUGCCACUGUCGGGAGUGGUGGCAGAUUGUGUGAAACGGUGGUUCAAAGACGCUCUCAAGGAGGCUAAGGCAGGUGAUGUGAACAUGCAGGUCUUGGUGGGUCAGAUGUAUUAUCAUGGCUAUGGUGUUCCCAGAGAUGGUCAGAAGGGGAGAAUUUGGCUGACUAAAGCAUCAAGGGUAAGGUCUUCAGUUUGGAGAGUUGGUGGUAAACGUCCAGGUUAUAAUGCAAGUGAUUCUGAGUCUGAUGAAUUGGAAGAAGACUCUUAAUCAGAAUAUAUUUGAUUUCAUGUCCAAAUUUCUGAAAGGUAUGUGCAGCAUGCCGGUUCUUCUUAGCCACCAUAUGUGUUCUUGUGACUUGCAGAUUUCAUUUGCUUUUUGGUCUCUGUAUGAUAUCCUACACCAUUUUUUAAAUCAAGGAAAAAGGAAAAGAAAUAUUAUUACUUUUUGAGCAAAUUGUUGGCUUGAUAAUUGAGGGUCUUUUCCCCUUCCUUGAUAUAUCACCGUAUCAUGCAAAUAGAAUAGGAACGUAUACAAGUUCAUACUUUUUUAAACCGGAAUCCGAUUCAAAUGAUGUUAAUUUAGAUACUUAUCUUGUCUGGUUUUA